AGGCGAGUCGAAAGGAUUCGGAUACCUCAGGAGGGUUGGCUUGGACUGUUCUGGGCAAACCUCAGCUCACCGUCCUACGACCCCAAUGACUCUGUGCUGAGCUCUCUUCUGUCAUAGAAUCUUCCGACGCCCUCUGCAGAUCAGGCUGUGAUAAGGUUCUCUGCUCAUGUGGUAGCGUUUAUGGUACAACAGGCCAACAUAACACAGCCUCGCUUGCAUUGGUUUAUGGAUUCAGAAAUGGGAAGUGGCCGAUCACGUGACAGCUACAGGACACCACAUGGAGGGGUGUAA